GCGCCGCUGUGAUUAGACGGAGGACAGUCUCAGCAGAAAUGGAGUUUAUUAAAGAAGAGACUGAAGAUGUGAAGAUUGAAGAAACGUUCAGAAUCAAAGAAGAAGACACUGAGGAACAAAUAGACAUCCUGUCGCUGAAAGAGGAGCCAAAGAAGGCAUUCUCCUGCCAACAGUGUGGAAAAGGUUUCAAUAGAAAAGGCGACUUGAACAGGCACCUGAGAGCUCACACCGGAGAGAAGCCUUUUACCUGCAAACAGUGUGGAAAAGGUUUCAUUCAAACAGGAGACCUUAAGGUGCACAUGAGACUUCACACCGGAGAGAAGCCUUACGCCUGCCAACUGUGUGGAAGUAGUUUCACUUAUGAGGUAAGCCUUAAGGUCCACAUGAGAACUCACACCGGAGAAAAGCCUUACACCUGUCAACAGUGUGGAAAAGGUUUCGCUCAGAAAGUAAUCCUUAACAGGCAUGUGAUCAUUCAUACGGGAGAGAGACCUUUCGUCUGCCAACAGUGUGGGAAAAGUUUCUACCAAAAAGAAAGCCUUGACAGGCACCUGAAAACUCACUCCGGAGAGAAGCAUCACGUGUGCCAUCAGUGUGGAAAGAGUUUCAACCAGACGGGAAAUCUUAAAGUGCACAUGAGGAUUCACACCGGAGAGAAACCUUUCGUCUGCGAGCGGUGUGGAAAAAGUUUCUCGUGUAAGGCGGACCUCGAAGCGCACUUGAGAGUUCACACCGGAGAGAAGCCCUUCGCCUGCCAACAGUGUGGAAAGAGCUUCACUAAAAGAAGAACCCUUAAUAACCACAUGAUAAUCCAUACAGGAGAGAGUCCUUUCGUCUGCCAACGGUGUGGAAAGGGUUUCAGCCAGAAAGAAAGCCUUGAAAGACACGUGACGAUUCACUCCGGAGAGAAGCAUUACGUGUGUCAUCUGUGUGGAAAGAGUUUCAACCAGACGGGAAAUCUUAAAGUUCACUUGAGAGUUCACACCGGAGAAAAACCUUUCGCCUGCGAACGGUGUGGAAAAAGCUUCAAUCGAAAAACGAAUCUGAAUCAACACGUGAAGAUAAUUCAUACGGGAGAGAGUCCUUUUGUCUGCCGACAGUGUGGACAAGGUUUCACCAGAAAAGGAAGAUAUGACAGGCACGUGGGAAUUCACGCUGGAGAGUGCGGCGACAGUGUGGAAUAAGAUCACUCUGGAGAGAAGCGCUCUGUACAUCAUCGGCGUGGUGUAAGGAGGUGAAUAAGUAAACACCCCCUCAUGAUGUGAUGUCAUGCAGAUGUUCGGCAGAGUUUUACCAGAAGAGUGUGAAGAAGAAACUUGACUGGAUCAAGAAACGUUACACAUCUCCUUGUUCGUGUGCUCCGCUUGGUGUUUAUUCUAAACUUUGUCCAAAGUAAAAGUGUAGGUUGUAAAGGAACCUCUGAAUACCGAUAAACAGCGCAGUAAACAUGAACUUUCAGCUCAGUGUGCAUCUUCUGUAUUAAACGUAGCGCUAACCACGCACGUGAACUUACACUCAUUCAUCUCACUGAAGAUCAAACUGAAAGUAAACUAAACCUGCUCUGGCGGAAGUGAUGUCAGUGCUCUGCACGCUAGACCCAGAGCCGGUGUUUUUCUAACAAUAGGACAAUACAAGUUGGUACAAAACAUUUGAGACUAUAAAACACUGAACGUGUCGGGAACAUGUCAUUGUCAUGUUUUCUGGAGGUUUUCCUUAGACGUAAUUUCAUUCAAUUCGCAUUUAUUUGUAUUUGUAUGUCAGAAAAUUAACGUUUCUACAGUAUAAUGAAUAUCAUUAAUAUUUAUAUUUACUUUAUAUUAAUGAAUUUUAUACAUCCCUUAAAAUUACUCAGCACAGUAAACUUUCUACAAUUUUCCUAAGCAUCAUUAUUAUUAUCAUUUAUAAUUUUAAAAAAGCUAGUAUGUUCGUGGGUGUAAAUUGUAGUCGGAUCAAUUAUUUGGAUCAUAAAUUACGGCUGGGUUUGUGGGUGCACUCCAUAUAGACAUAAAGACUUUACUGUACGCACUGUACACAAAAUCUGCGUUCAUGACGUUCACAUAUCAUUGUAUCCCAGUUUGUGCUGAAUACGGUAUAAUCGUAAUCUUGCCAGUUUGACUGUCCCUGUUGCUUCUGACUCAUAGCGGGCAAAGAAACAUUUUGGUCCCUCUGCCAAGGCAGCGUUGCCAAUGACAGUCAUAGGAUUGCUAGGUGUGUAACUAGUGAUGGCCCUUUGUUCUGAAGAUGCCAUGUCCCUCCAGCAACUGGUUGUUGUUAUUGAGGUGGUCCUCAAUUCUUCUUUUGUAGGCUGCUUCAGACUCUAGACUAAUGAAGCCAUCUCUGCUGAACUUUGAUUAAAAAUAUCAUUCAUAUUGGGACCAAGGCCUAGGGACUUUGAACUCUUGACAAACAAUGUGGAAAUGGGCCAAAGUCCUCAGUAUUUGAGAAGACCUACAAUACAGAUGUGUGCUUGCUCUUCCUCUCCCCUAAAGGAAGUUGUAGGGUCACCAAACUUUUGUGUCUUUCCGAAGCAAACAAUGGCCACAUCAUUCAGUGAAGGAAAAUGACACGCAGCAGCUUCUAAAACAACCCAAGUGAUGGUAUAACAGAUAACAGUAUAGUAUAUAGUCCUGAAACGUAAUGUCGGUUAGGUAUUGGCCUAAUUAUGUACCGGCCUAAAAAAAUACUGGGGUCCUUUUGAAAAGGGUGCUAGGUCCUAGAGUCUCACGCUUCGAGAAGGGUUCCUAGGUAGCCAGAAUCUUGAGGUCCUACAACCUGUCGUUUCUGAACGGGGGGGAAACCCCUUUGCCAACUAAAAUUGUAGCAUUUUGAUGGACAAUGUCCCUUUUUGAGCUUUUGACCCCUAAAGAAGGCCGUAGGUCAACAAGGUUAUUUUUAAAUUAGUUUAAUUUGAAUAUAGUUUGUAAAUUAUUUAAAAAUUCUGUUCAUUAUUAUUUUGUUAGUUUUAGUAUAGUUUUUAUUUUGUGAUAACAUUUUUAUAAGCAUGUGUAUGUUGACUUCGAAAUCCUGUACAACAAAUUUCAGUACAACAGGAAAAAAACAAAUCCUAUGCUUUGUUUUUUACAUUUAUUUUGAACAGACAAUUGUACAAAAUACUUUUUUUCCAACUAGAUGUGAAAAAUAUGCAAUUUUAUAUUGCAUUAUAAUGUUAUAUUCUGUAACAAAGUUAUUUUGAAUAAAUUCUUGAAAUAUAUUUGAUUUAGUUAACAUAAACAAAGGGGAAAAACGGCGCAACAGACAACGUAGCCUAUAUUUCAGUUCAUUUUUGCUUAAUUUGUUUAGAGAAUGGAAACUUAAAUUUCAGAAAGUGACAUACUAUCUGUUUUCUUUAUUUUAUAAAACACUAUGUAUCAAACAAAUAAAAGCAUACCUUUAUACA